CGUGCUCGACGCUGCUUCUUUAAGGCGGACGCGCCUUCUUCAUGAAGCGGUACAAAGUACAGAGGGAGGGGUUAUGUUUUCUUGCACAUCCCUUCGGCUAUAGAGUAUAAGUCGUCCCCAAGUGCCUGCCACCUGUGUCGUGGGAGUGCGGUACUCGUAAUUGCGUGUGGGAGCUCCUAAGAUCUUCGGUAGAAGAAAACAGAUUCUCUGUAAUGGCCUCAAGCCUGUCUUGCCUUGCCUCGGAUCAAGCCAGGUACCAUAAGAUUUUCCAAGUGUUCCUCGACUGCUCCACUGAGCAUCAGUGUAUGAAGGAAUUCAUCCUCAGCACCCUCCCUCAUGUCUUUACCAGCAUUGUACAAGGAAAAUCCAGCAUCAAUAUCCUGGGAGUUGGGAGUGGAUCAGGAGAGAUGGACCUAGAAAUGUUAUCACAGCUGCAUCAACAAUACCCAGGCGUAACUGUGGAUUAUGAGGUUGUGGAGCCCUGCAGUCAGAUGAUGGGAAACUAUAAGGCACUUGUGUCAAAGACUCCCAACCUAGAGAAGAUUAAUUUCACUUGGAAUCAGAUGUCGUCUUCUGAAUUUGAAAAGCACUGGAAGACCAAACAGUCCACUAAAAAGAUGGACUUCAUCCAUAUGAUUCAGAUGCUGUACUACGUUACUGAUCCCGAUGCUACGGUCUCAUUUUUCCGGAGCCUUCUGAGUGAAAAUGGAAAGCUUCUCAUCAUUCUUGUUGCUGGAGAGAGUGGCUGGGGACGGCUAUGGGCAACCCAUUGCAAGGAACUGUGUAAUUCUGAAAUCUCCCAGUGCAUUACCACAUACAACAUCAAGAGCUAUCUUGACACUAUUGGUGUCAGCUACAAAUCAUAUCUCCUUCCUUCAACAAUGGACAUCACUGAAUGCUUCUUUCCCGGGGGCGAAAAGGGGGAACUCCUUCUAGACUUCCUCACUGAGGUGUCUGAUUUCAGCAAGUCUGCAUCUCCUGAACUGAAGGGCAGGGUGUUAGACAGCUUGCAAAAACCAGAGUGCAGCACUGUUGUUGAUGGCAGAGUUAUAUUUAAUAACACUUUGGAGGCCUUAAUUGUAGAACCCUGAGCUGGGGGGUAUGCCUCUGGAUACUUUUUUUUUUUGACAAGCACAGCUGUGAUUUAGACUAACCAUAUUAAUAUCUAGUUUAAAGACUAGUUUUUGUUAUCAAUUGUUUGAUAAUUGAACACAAUGUUUUCCAGUCAUUAAGGAAAUGGGUUUUAUACUUUCAAAAUUAACGCACUCAGGUGUCUUGUAGCUACUUGCAAACAGGCCAGCUGGGUGUUACGAAAGUUUGCAGGUGGGUACAUUCCGUUCUGUGUGAUAUGCACAUAUUCAUAGGACAUAGAGAAGAUAGACUGUGUACUGUGCACUACACUUGAGUCUUACCGGAGUCUUGGUAAGAACCCAUCUUGCCAGCUGUCCAAAAACUGCACCAUAGUUAAGUGUAUUUGCUAGAUGUUGGUGUGUAAGAAGGGGGGGUUGCUUUAUUUACUCUUGAGGACCGUAAAAUUUGUGUGUACUCCUGUGAAUUUAAUCAGAUGUCUGCAAAUGCAUAUAUUUAAAAGGUUUUACAGAAAAAUUGCUGGCUUGUCUGCAAAGUAAUCUGUAUAACACAUACUUACCAGACAGUAAAGGGUUAGUACAAAGAGGAAUUGGAAUGAGCAACUUCUCAUUACAUGAUGUUUUUAAUAAAAGGUUUUACUC